GUAAUCAGGUAUAAGCAUACAUCACCAUCACUCUGGUCCCGCAUGGUCCUUCUAGCUUUCCUUCAAACAACAAUCUUAAAGUAAGCUCCUGUUUGCUCUUUACUCAUUAGGUGAUGAUGAUGAUAUAUUGAGAGUGGAAAUGUCUUGUGGACAUGCUGCAGAUCCUGGCUCUUUAACCGGUUGGUGUCGAAGUCUCUUAGAUCAGGGUUACUUCAAGUUUCACUGCCCUGCUGAUGUUAAUGGGAAGAAAUGUGGGGCAGAGUGGUCCUAUCAGGAAGUCCGGCGGAAUGCUUCGCUAACCGAAAAAGAGCAAGAAAACUUUGAAAAAAAACUUGCAGAAUUUGCAGCUAAAUAUUACUGUGAUUUCAAAGAGUGUCCCAAAUGCAAGAGCUUUGUGGAACGCAAGGAUCUGACAAACCUCAGAGUGCACUGCAUCCUCUGCCUUUCACUGAAGGGGGAGCAGUUUGAAUUCUGCUGGCAGUGCCUGAAGCCCUGGAAAGGCAGUGGAACUUCCUCCGUGAAGUGUGCCAAUGACGGAUGCAGGAACCAGUCUCUGGACAUCCUGGCAGACUGCAAACUGAAGGCUCUCCCAGGAAGUGAAAUAAAAGACUGCCCAUCCAUUCGCGCUUGCCCCACCUGCAGGCGCCUCAUUGAGCACAAGGAACAAUGCAAAUAUGUCAUGUGCAGUCAGUGUCACAUUGAAUUUUGCUUUGCCUGCCUUGAAACUGCACGGGAAUGCCAGGCCAAGAAAUGUAGUGCUUAUUUUUUGUUCUGUGCUAAGCCAGUGGCUCCAAGGCAAACCACAAUCCCCGUGUGGUCUCAGAAAUAAGGAAAAUCCUUCCUGCCAUGCAGACCAGGGUGAUUAGGACAAGGCUCAGUGUCAGUGCUCCAGUACACCUCCUGAUGGUCCCAAGUUGUGCAAUAUUCCUCCCUUCCACCAAAUGUAGAUUGACAGAUAGAUACGGAAACUGAGCGAUAGAUAGGACAAAUGUCACUAAUUUCCGCCUCUUGUUAAUUCUUUAGUAGUGAUGCUACUUCUUAAGCCCUAUUCCAAUGACCCUUCCUAUAAUUCCUAAUAGAACUCUAUCCUAGAGCCAUGCCAUAGAGCAGACUACUGGCACCUGCCAGCACACCAAAGGUGCUGGAAAAAGUCACUUUUGCAGACAGGGAAAAUAAAUGGCCUGUAACAACAGACUGUUUACAUAUUUACACGUCUGCCCCUGGUAGAAUGAAGCAAGAUUUAAACUGUGAUCAGGAGCAGAAUCAAAUGUUAAGAGAAGCCUGUGAACAGGAAAGGUUUCUUUGGGGUGGAAUUAAAAAAAUCUUAGUCCUG